AUGGCUUUGUCGCGACAGAUUUCUGUUCUUGCCAUUACGCUAGUUUUACUGCUGGCGCCUGCUGCGGCGGCGAGGCGGCGGCCCAGCAAGGGACAGCUGAUUGCGGAGGUGAAGAAGGCCCGCGACGCGCUCAAGAACCCCAAACUGAAUGGCCGAUAUCGCGCCAGCAGCGUGCUGCUUGAUCGCCUCAUCCCUCAACUGGAGACCAACUGGAACCCAACGGACGCGUUCCUCGCCUCAGCCGACGGCAAAACUGUCCUCUUACCCGAAGACAGCGCAAUCAAAUCCGCGGCGCCUAAUGCCAUCUACAACAUGGUGAAGCCGGAUCUGAAGCGCCAAGAGCUUCGCUCCUAUGCUUCGUGGAUUCGUUCGAAUAUUCUCGACGGGGUGUUACCAGAGGAGAAGGACAUUGCUACCGCCAAGGUGUUACGGGAUGACAAUGGUCGCAAGGUGGACACGGCUGUCACUGUGACGCCCAACGGCUUGGGGGGUUGGAUAAAGAAGAUACGCAUCGGAAAGGGCAAGGCGAAAAUCAAGCACCCCAAGCUGUUCAAGGGGAGGUUUUUCGUUAUCCACGGGCAGUGGGUGCACAUGGGAGAGCAGUGGGUGCACAUGGGAGGGCAGUGGGUGCACAUGGGAGAGCAGUGGGUGCACAUGGGAGGGCAGUGGGUGCACAUGGGAGAGCAGUGGGUGCACAUGGGAGGGCAGUGGGUGCACAUGGGAGAGCAGUGGGUGCACAUGGGAGGGCAGUGGGUGCACAUGGGAGAGCAGUGGGUGCACAUGGGAGGGCAGUGGGUGCACAUGGGAGAGCAGUGGGUGCAGAUGGGAGAGCAGUGGGUGCAGAUGGGAGGGCAGUGGGUGCACAUGGGAGAGCAGCCUGUGCCUUCCCCUGCCAGGCCUGUGCCUUACCCUGCCAGGCCUGUGCCUUCCCCUGCCAGGCCUGUGCCUUCCUCUGCCAGGCCUGUGCCUUCCCCUGCCAAGCCUGUGCCUUCCCCUGCCAGGCCUGUGCCUUCCCCUGCCAGGCCUGUGCCUUCCCCUGCCAGGCCUGUGCCUUCCCCUGCCAGGCCUGUGCCUUAUCCUGCCAGGCCUGUGCCUUCCCCUGCCAGGCCUGUGCCUUCCUCUGCCAGGCCUGUGCCUUCCCCUGCCAGGCCUGUGCCUUCCCCUGCCAGGCCUGUGCCUUACCCUGCCAGGCCUGUGCCUUCCCCUGCCAGGCCUGUGCCUUCCCCUGCCAGGCCUGUGCCUUCCCCUGCCAGGCCUGUGCCUUCCCCUGCCAGGCCUGUGCCUUCCCCUGCCAGGCCUGUGCCUUCCCUGGCCAUUCCUGUGCCUUUCCCUGCUGCCACGCCUGCCACGCUGGCUGCUGCUACUCCUAUGCCCCCCCGUCCCCCCCCCCUCCAUAUGCUCCCCGCACUGGCUCUUCGUUAG